UCUUUUCAUGAAGUGUCACUGUCAAAAUUUCAAAACAUCGGAAAAGUAAAAUAUUUCUCUCGGAAAUCUUAUCGAAAACUGAGGAACAUCUCGUCCUACGAAAAUGUCGAAGCUGCUAGGACUUGAUAAAAUUGCCAGACUGUUCGAUAUAAUCAGGGCCAAUGGUGGAAUCAGGGGCAGCUUGGCCAAACUCUAUCGUACGGAUGACUUGAAGGUAGGAACAUUAGUUGGCACCGACAAAUACGGAAACAAAUAUUUCGAGAGUCCGUACUAUUUUUACGGUCGUAAUCGAUGGAUUGAGUACGCUCCUCAGCACCAUUUGGAAUAUGAUGGGUCUCAGAUUCCACCUGAAUGGUACGGUUGGAUGCAUUAUAAGACGGAUCUGCCUCCGGAUCGAGAUGGUAUGAGACCCCAGUAUAAGUGGAUGUUAGAUCACAGUGAAAAUUUGUCUGGUAAAAAAGGACAAUACAUGCCGUACACUACAACUCGUCCGAAAGUCGAAGCAUGGACCCCACCAAAAGCGGACAAGUGAAAUUCCUAGCAGCAUAUUGGCAACGAUUGAUUCUGGAUAUUCGUUGGAAUUAGCUAUUAUGUAAAUAAAAAAGAGCAUGUGGAACAUGUGAA